AUCAUUCGCAUCGUAAAUUAAAAACAAAACGCAUCGGCGGGCGCUUUUGAGCUCCGAACUAACUAAGUCUGCAGCAAUUAAUCAAUUUUGUUAAUUGCUUAAAGCAAGUGCCGCGGUCUAAAAAUCUGAAAUGCGUCGUUCAAACAGAUGAAAGUGAAAUCAGCCUGCCGGGCAUUGCGAAUUUCAGCCAUUUGUGAUAGGCAAAAAAGAGUGCUAAAAAUAUCGAGCAACAACAAAAAUUGGCAAACCAAACAAAACUGCGUAAAUAAGGCAGUUAAAUAAUAGAGCACAAGAUUUGCAAAAGAUAAAAAGCGAAAAUUCGAUAGAUUUGCAGCUGGCCCUUUGACGUCACAGUGCAUCAGCUGUUUUGCUGGCGGAGCACCCUGCUUUUUUCCAUUUCGCUAUGACGUAGGAAAGUCGCCCACUAACUGUUAAACACCCACUCUCAAAUCCACUCGAAAGUAAUCCCCAAAUGGAUAGCUCCAUGUACUAUGCAAGGGAGCGAAUCGCCGCGAGCACAGAGGCUAAUGUCAGGGUCAUCGCAACGACCAUGGCCUCAUCUUUGGCCAAUGGAACCAUAGCACCACGAGCAGAUGACGGAGGCGUCUCCAUGAACAACUUUUAUCCGGCGUUGGUUCAAUGCUUCGGCAUCAUCAUUUGCGGAUACAUUGCCGGACGCUUCAAGAUCAUCAGCAAUGCGGAAACCAAGGGCCUGGGCACCUUCGUUGGCACCUUCGCCCUGCCCUCGCUGAUCUUCCUGUCCCUGGUGGAGCUCAAUUGGAGCGCCGUGAACUGGAGCUUCCUGCUGGCCAUGCUCGUCUCCAAGGCGGUGGUCUUCUUCGCCGUGCUGAUCGUCUCCCUGCUGGUUGCCAGGCCCCUGAACUACGCCCGCGGAGGACUCAUGGCCAUCUUCUGCACGCAGAGCAACGACUUUGCCAUCGGCUAUCCCAUUGUUAUGGCGCUCUACAAGGAUGUUCAUCCGGAAUAUGCCUCGUAUCUGUACCUGAUGGCUCCCAUUUCUCUGGCUAUUCUAAAUCCUAUCGGUCUGGUGCUCAUGGAGAUCUCUAAAAUAAUCAAGAACAAGGAAGAUGUGACCCGCAAUCCACCACUGUGUCCAGAAACUUGUCCAGCGGAGCAGCUGGCCAAACGGAAUCGCUGCCUGGGUGAACGAUCUAUACUGGUUUUCAACACAAUUGUGGCGCUGUUCUUCAACCCCUUGCUGCUGAUGACCUUGCUGGGCGUAGCAGGCGGUUUCCUUUUUCCUAAAGGACUGCCUGAAAUGGUGUCCAGUACCUUGCGUGUCCUUGGCCAGAGCUUUUCGGCCACAGCCCUGUUUCUACUUGGCCUGAAGAUCGUUGGCGGCACAGGAUCGGAAAAGAAGAGCACUGGGUUCCUAUUGCCUGGUGUUCUCAUACUGGUUAAAAUCUUGGUGCUACCGCUGGUCAUCCGGCAAACAGUCAACAUUAUGCAGUCCGGCCAGAACUUCAACGACACCACCGAGCUGAGCACUUUCGGCUUUCUCUACGGCACCUUUCCAGCUGCCCCAGGCGCUUUCGUCAUUGCGACUCAGUACAACAUGGAGGUUGAAUUGGUCGCUCGUAGCAUGGUUUUCUGCACUUUCAUCUCAGCGCCACUGAUGUUUAUAUCAGCGAAAAUGAUAUCGCUGACGAAUCUGAAGCCGCUGGACUAUCUGCACGAGUUGGACGCCUUCUCGUUCGACAUCAGCGUGGCCGGUGCGGCAGCCUGUUGUAUCGUGAUAGUAUUAUUGAUCGUGACGAAGCGCUUCAAGCGCAUGCCGCAGAGAAUCACUUUCUGUCUGGUGCUUUCGCAGCUCAUGUGCUGCAUAGGAGUCAUCCUCUGGUCCAAAAUGGAGCAUGUGAACCGUUGGCCCUUGUACCUGCAGUUUUUCCUCUUCAAUGUCGGCACCUACAGCACUCGUCUGUGGACAGGACUUUUGGCCAUUUCCCUGCUCUUCCUGCAGUGCCGCAGCUUGUGUUUUGUCCUUAAACUGUGGCCCUAUAUGUUGGUAUUUGCCUGGGGCGUGCCGGCUAUAAUUUCCGGCCUCUUGGUUGCCUUUGACUCAAACGUGAUGUCGGGAGAGAAACAUAAUCCAAGCUUUCAGUAUGGCAAUGCUCAGGCAGCCAUCUCAGUUUUUAUGCUUGUCAUGUGCUUCAUAGUCACUGUUGGUUGUUUGGUGCUGCAUCAGCGUUAUAAGAAACGCUACGAAAAGUACAUGACCUAUUCACGUGAGUUGUCCAAUCCGGAGUUGGAGUCAUCCGAUUUGCAUUCGACAAUAUCCACCACCAAUUUACUGAGCAACACGGAUCAUUCGUCCAUCCGGCAGAGUGUUCGCACGACGUCUUAUUCAUCCUCAUCCGACGAUGAGGAAAUGAUACCCACAGCUGCGGGAUUGCCAACGAACAGGAGGAAUGCUAAUGGCAGUGCAGGAGGUGGAUCAGGAUCAGGAGGCGGAGGAGGAGGAGGUUGUGGUUCUGGCAAUGGGACUUGCUGCUCGGGAGGAGCGCAGGUGACCACUCCUUCAACAACCAGCACUGUGGUUGUGGACAUUGAGGAUCUGUUGAAUCGCACACGUCAACGUGCCAGUGGAGCCAACAACAAAGAUGUGGACAAGAUCGAAAGUGCACCUGUAGCAGAUGAAAUUCGCAAUCAAAUGUGCAGCAGUUCCUUUAACUGUGGUCCAAGUACCUCACGCCAAAGUUGUCAGACGAUCAUCGAACGCUAUGAGGAUCAGAACAGGCGAGGACUUGAGCCAUUGGAGCAUCCCAGCGACACUGACGAACACCAGACACUAAAGCACACCGUGCUGCUGAUCAUCCUACUCUGCUCCAUGUUCGUCGGCCUGGCGGUGUCCGUUUGGACCUUGGUCAUGGAGGGAAUGUCGGGCAUAUAUCUGGAACUCAGUUUCCUCGAUGCUUUCCUGAACUUUGGUCAGGGCUUGAUUGUAUUGGCCGUGUUUAUAACGGACAUGGGCGAGCUAUUAAUGCCAGUUGUCAAGCUGUGGCGCAAAUUAUGGUAUGGAGCCAAUGUCGUCAGUCUACCCCACUGGUCGAACCUACGUCCCGAAACCAAGCACAUCUGCGAACAGUUCCGCAACCAUCACUUGGAAAACUGCAAAAAGGAUAUUGCCAAGGACAGAAGGUGGCGCAUUCGAGUGUAUCGCAGGGUGUUCUAUGGCACCGAGUUUGUCAGCUGGCUUAUCGAGGUCGGCCUGUCCAAGGAUCGUAUGGAGGCUGUGCACUAUGCCCGACAUCUGGUGGAUGGCAGGGUGCUGCGACACAUCAACAACGUUUAUCACUUCGAGGAUAAACUGCUGCUCUACAAUUUCUGCAGUCGCGCAUAGAGGCAGCCACUACAAAGAUGAAGCAACUACGCCAAAUUUAGUUUGAUUUCCUGUUUAGUUUACCGUAUCUCUUGUAUGUAAUUUCGAUUGCUGUGAUUGUACGCCAAGCAAACGCGCACACACAAUGCAGCCAAUUGUGUGUGGGUCAUGGCGAAGGCGAGUGGGAGGACGAGCUAGUGAAUUUGUUUAUAUUGACCAAGUAAUUUGCUUGGCACACGAAAGUUUAUUUUUUAAAUGUUUAUUACUAAGUAAUUGACUCAGCCGACUUUGGCGGGGGGCUAUCGGCUGGAGCUUUUUGUAGUGCAAUAUAGAAUACCGAAUGUAACAGAUGAUACAAGUUUCCUAGUUAUUCUAAAUAUGUAUCUUUGUAUCCUUAACGCAAUUCUGUGUCACAACUAAAGAGAAAACUGUGCAUAAAACGCUAUAAACGAAUAUCGAAAUAUGUACACACGUAGUAUAGUAAAUACCCAUGAAUAAAUAUAUAUAUACAUGCAUAUAUACCUCAAGCCGCGAGGCGCAAAGAACAAAA